AAGAAUCAACUUUAUUCACUAUAUACAGUAUAUUUACAUGUAUUAAGCUUCUCCAUGAUCAUCACCUUGUCAUGAUGGAGAGGCUUGAGAGUUCCUGAGAUCGAUGCUGUCUGGACGUUAGCUAUCUUGAGCUUAGCUCCUGGUAGGGUCACCCAUGGUGGUGAGCUCAAGGGGGAAGCUCCAGACAAAGAACAAUCAAACUAAGACCUCAAUAGUAGAGCUGGUGGAAGACGAUGAUGACACAUCACAGCAGCAGUGAAGAGUCCCCGGUUGUUUUGCAUUCUAAGCCACAGGACCAUGACUGUGAUUUGUGCAUUCAGCCUCCACACGUUAAAUAAAGUUACGCACAGGUGUUCUCCAAUAAAAGAAUACGAGGAUCCUGGAUCAGCCACCUGAGGACCCACCAAUAGACAAUCUCUGAGGAGAACAUUGUACUCAUACUUGCACUACAUGCAUUAGGAAUUUGCUGUGCUGUGUUGUGUUAGCGCACCAUGCGGCAGAAACAAUUGUAAAGAAUUAUAUAAAAAUACGUUAGAGGUUAAAGAACGGAUAUGGAAUAAAAUAUGCAUAAAUACCAGUAUGUAUUGACAAUGUAAACAGCAUUAUAAAAAAUGGUUUGAAGUAUUUACAGUGCAGUGAUAGGGUGAUAGAUGGGGGGGGUGGGGGGGUGGAUAACUAGAUAGUUUGAUUCUAUAUGGCUUCUGUACCUCCUGUCCUCUUCUCAUUGCUACCAUCAGAGCGGAGGUACAGGAGCCUGAAGACACGCACUUAAAUGUUUUAGGAACAGUUUCUUUCCCUCUUCUGUCAAAUUUUGAAUGGGCAAUGAACCAAUGCAUGAACACUACUACCUUGUUUGCUCUCUUCUUGCACUAUGUAUUUAAUUUUACAUAUUUCUUAAUGUAAUUUAUAGAUUUUUUAAUGUAUUGCACUACACUGCUGCCACAAAAUAACAUUUCAUGACAUGUACCAAUGAUAUUAAACCUGAUUUUGAUCAGAUUACCUGCCUGGGUGUGAAAUUUUAGCUUUAAUAGCCCUUUUCAAUAAUUAUCUCUCAACUAACAUCACCAAGUAAAUUAUCUGGUCACUUUUCUUAUUGUGGAACAUGGCAAGGUGCAAUUUAGUUUCUCCACAACAAAACAGUGAGAGCACAAACUAUUUUGAGACUUUUCCUGAAGAAGUAAAAAUUAUUGCUUUUUGUAAUUUAUGGAUCAUUGCUAGCAUAUUUUUGUUCCAAUUUUCUAACAGCUAUUUACAUUUAAUAUUUAUUCUGAUCAAUAAAAAUUGAUUGAAUCAAACUGUAUAUCUUACCAUAAAUAUUUACAUUUCAGAACAGAAUUAUUUUAAUUUGAUAAUAUAUCUCAUAUCUUUUAAAUUUCCCCAUCUAUUAAAAGAGAUAGUGUACUGAAGAGUACACACAAGUUAGUCAGAAUAAAGAUCAUCAGUCCUAUUACCCUCCCAUUAGUACUCAGCUGUUUUCCAGUGACUGACCCGACAAAAUGGGAAAAGUUGAUGGACAAUUCCCUGUUUCUUGGCAGUGUCAAAAAUACUUGUUUCUUCACUCUGCAGCCGACUCAUUUUCUCAAAUUCGAAAACAACUUUGAAAGCACCUAAAAAAUAUAAAUCACUUAUUUUCUUUAUUUUAUUUUUAUUUAAAGCUCCAGCAUGUCAACGCCCUAUUGGCCCAAUGAGACUGUUCCAGGCAGUUACACUCAUGUGACCAAUUAAUCUAUUAACCCAUACAUGUUUGGAAUGUGGGAAGAAGCCAGAGCAACUGGAGGAGACCCACCUGGUCAUGGGGAGAACAUUCCUUACAAACAGUCGUGGAAUUGAACCAGAGUCAUUGGUGCUGUAACUGUUAUUGUGCGCUGUCAUGCCACCCAUUCUGUUUGUUUAUUUCUGGCCCCAUGAGCUGUGCUGUCCAGCAACCCCACCCCCCAAUUUAACCCGUGCCUAAUCAUGGGACAAUUUACAAUGACCAAUUAACCUACUGAAUUGUAGGUCUUUGGACUGUAGGAGGAAACCGAAGCACCCAGAGGAAACCUUACUUUCUUAAACUGAAAUCAACGAACAUUUAUUCAUAUUUAAAAGGACAAGCCAUGUGACUAAGACUUAAAAAAAAUGCUCACCAUACUGGCAUUUCUAUGGAUGCUGACUGUCCCACUGAGCAAUUCCAACAUUUUCAAGUCAGUGCAGAAUUUGUCAUGCAGAAAUUAUGUGUCUGGUCACAAAUGUUAUAAUCUCAUGUCAAUUUCUUCAGCAGAGAAACAGAAGGUUUAUCAAGGAGUGAGGGUGAAGAUCACAGUGAAAGAGCUCUUGCAGCAGAGAAGGGCACUUCAAGCAGCAGCUGCAAUAACCACCACAACACUUACCACAGGCAACAAUCCACAGGUCGCUGAACCAGUCGUUCCCUCGUAUUCAGCUCCCCAGUAUGCUUACCCUCCACCUAACGGUUGUGAAUCCAGUUUUUACCAGAUCCACCAGUUCCCAGAGAACGGCGCGAACCCGAUCUUCUAUGACGAGGCGUGCCCGCCUGACCUCUGCGCUGACAACUCUUACAACCCGUACAAUAACGGUCUCUGCAGCCCCCCAGUCAAUUACCAGACACCCGCCCACUACAAUCACUCAGCUGUGAUUUCAGGAUCUCCUACAUAUGCUUCAGUGGAUUAUGAAUAUUCUAGCCAGCGCGUUGCAUUGUCUGCCCAAGACUUCUGUCAGUCUUCACACUUGGAACCUAAGUCCUUUUAUCCAACUUCUGAAGAGUAUUUCACUCACCAACACUACAGCUGCACAUCAGCCAUCUGUUCCAUUUUUUCCUACAUGCCAGACAACAUGGAAAUGGGCCCUAUGUCUGAAAACGGGUCCUUUCCAGAGUACAAAGACUAUUCGACUGGAUUGCUCACAGAGGAUAUUUGGAGAGGAAAUCUAAAUGAAUAUUUGGACUACUGA